AUGGAGAAAACUACUAAGGCAUCUCUCUUUCUCGUUCUGAUCUUCCUUAUGGCAUUUCUGAAUGGUAGUACUGAAGGAAGAAGAAAUAUUUAUGAUCAUCAUGCAGAUCAUGUGGAGCCAAAGAAAGAUGAUGAUGAUCAGGUCUACAAACCCCAGUUCUUUUGGGGCUGGGGCUUAGGCCUUCUUCAUUGGCCAUUUUGGGGAUUAAUCCCAGGUUUUGCAGGUGGUGGCCUUCCUGGUGUUGGUGCUGGACCCUCCAAAGGAUUUCCUGGUUUUGGCUUUCCUGGUUUAGGCCUUCCUGGUUUUGGAAUUCCUGGUUUGGGUCCUUUAGGGGGUAUAAUUCCCGGUUUCGGAGGAAAAGGUGAUGGGGAUGGUCCUAAAGCUGAUAUUGGAGCUGGAGGCAAAUCUCCAUAA